AAUAAGAAAAAGCGGACAGAGCUCACCUAUUUCAAUCUACCACAGGAGCAGGAUGGUGAAACAGCGCCGAGUCAGAGUGAACCCCAGCUGCGCGGCUGUUACGCCUCUUUGUUGCAGAAGAGGAUCGUGGAAGCAGCUUCGGGGUUAGAGUGGGUGCGCCCUAUUUGUCAACCGAAGAAGCAAUUGAUGCGCCGUCUAUUCGUGGUCGGCACAUUCUGUACACAUGAUGCGCCAUACAGACCCACUGGGCAGAAACCGAUUUCGACCAUCCAGGUCUUUCCCCGGCUGACUGUGAAGGACUGUACCCUGUGGGAAGAAGUGCAAGAAGGAGGGAGAGGGAGACAGACAGAGGAGAGAGUGGGCGGGGAAAAUAGAGGAGACAGAGUGGUGAGGAGAGCAGCAUCUCCUCAUUGAUGCUGAGUCACAAAACAUAGAGAAAUCAGCUGCAUCCCAUGAGGCUUUGGGAAAAAUGGAGGAGCUAGAACACACCUGCCCUCAUCCCCGGACGACUCUCACCGAGCCUGCCAUCUUCGCCUCGGAGACCAGCUGCGACUGUCGAGCGCCUCACGAGAAGCUCAGCAUCACGCAGGCCCGCAGAGGCACCCCAGUGGACCGGCCGGUCAGAGUCUAUGCAGAUGGCAUCUUUGACCUGUUCCACUCGGGCCACGCUCGUGCACUUAUGCAGGCCAAGAACUUGUUUCCUAACACUUAUCUCAUAGUAGGAGUGUGCAGCGACGAACUGACCCACAAGUACAAGGGUUUCACAGUCAUGACGGAACACGAACGCUAUGAAGCCCUGAGGCAUUGCCGCUACGUGGACGAAGUCCUGAGAGAUGCACCAUGGACUCUCACGCCGGAGUUCCUUGAGAAACACAAGAUCGAUUUUGUGGCUCAUGAUGACAUCCCGUACUCCUCAGCAGGAUCUGAGGACGUUUACAAACACAUCAAAGAAGCAGGGAUGUUUGUGCCCACGCAACGGACGGAGGGGAUCUCCACCUCUGACAUAAUUACUAGAAUUGUCAGAGACUAUGACGUCUACGCCCGACGCAACCUGCAGCGGGGCUACACGGCUAAAGAGCUCAACGUCAGCUACAUCAACGAGAAGAAGUAUCGGCUACAGAACCAGGUAGAUCGCAUGAAGGAAAAGGUUCGAAAUGUCGAAGAGAAGAGUAAACAUUUUGUUUACCGUGUGGAGGAGAAGAGUCAUGAUCUCAUCCAGAAAUGGGAAGAAAAGUCUAGAGAAUUCAUCGGCAACUUCUUAGAACUUUUUGGACCUGAUGGGACAUGGAAACAAGUGUUUCAGGAGCGCAGUGGUCGGAUGCUGUCCUACGCUCUGUCACCCAGAGAAUCGCCCUGCAACAGCCCCCCACGUGAACUGUCCCCGCUGCGCUCCCCGUCCCCUCCGUCGCCCCCUGCCCGCUGGUACAACGCCCGGCCCUCGCCCCCCACCUCCCCCAAAGGCGCAUCGGCCUCCAUUAGCAGCAUGAGCGAAGGCGACGAAGACGAGAAGUAGAUGGAUUCAGACAGAAACGUUUCACUUCAUGGUACACUGCCUGGGAACACCUCACCAAAAAAAACAAAAAACAAAACAAAACAAAAAAAAACCCAACAACAGCAAAACACUUUUCUUCAAACAGCGGCUGGAAACAGAACCAGGUUUCCUCAAAGACGUUGCAGAUUCGCAAUGCUGACAUUGAUCAGGGGAACUGUGGUCUGGACCUGUGGAGCUAAUAAAAAAGCCAUCAUUCUCUGGAGAGCCAAGUAGAAAAAAAAGGGUGAGAUGCGAAGACCAGGAUGUGGAUUUAUUCGAUGUAUUUAAUGUCUCCAUUUUCUACAAGGACAAAAAUCCUGUGCAAUAUCUGUGAAGAGGACUUGCUUUGGAUUGUCUGGGACUAAUACAGACACUCAACCAGCCUGCUGAUAAUGUCACUGGAUUGUUUCUUGUCCUGCCUUUUGUCCGUACUUUGUAAGAUGCCAUCCUUCCAUAGGUUUCACUCUAGAAUCCCCCAAACUUAGAGCUUAGAAAUAGCAGAAAGGUUACAAUGGGCAACAUAAAACACGUCACUAAUGCUAGUUUGAACCAUUUUUAUUUAUGUGAUGCCCCCCGCCCCCAAAAGUUCAAGCUUUACUGAGAAGAUCAUUUUGCUUUUUUAAAGCACUUCUCAAGAGAAUUAUUAUUCAAAUCAAAAUUCUGCAUUCACAAAUUUGAUGACACCACUGGUAAAGAUGAAUCAAAAGUCCUAAAAUAAAAUCACCUUAAACGCAAAAGCAUAAAUUCAUAAUCAAAAAAGCUGAAUAAUCCAACCUCUAAUUUGACUAUUAGUUCUCCAGUGAAAGCGCAAACUCCGUGUUAAAAAUAUUGUUGUUUUCAACAAAACAAUGUUCGGUACCUCUUUGCACAAUCUUCGUAUCCAGAGUCCUGGGUCCUCCAUGACGUUCUUAUGGAACUCUGCACCAACGGUUUCCUGUGGGUUUUACAUCCAGCCACUGAAAUGGGCAUGAAAGAAGGUUGGUUUUGUGUCUGGGGAACCAGUUCUGUAUUGAUUUGGCUGUUUAUUUUUGGAUUAUCCUCCAGUGAGCGUGAUGUUUUUCAAUGUAUUUGUCCUCGACGCCAAUCCUGCCAAGAGGCUUUGUUACAGAGAAGAUCAAUGUUACUUUUGUUGUACCUGAUAGCAAGACAAAUGUCCUCAUCUUAGUGGCUAGGAGAAAUAGGCUUGUGUCUCAUGCCAUAUUUAUGCCUAAAGGAAAUGAAAACUCACAGAAACUCUAAGAAACUUAAAAAAAAAAAAGUGUUGCAUUAAUUAAUAAAAAAAAUCUUCCUUGGUUGCUGUUAUUUUAAAGAAAUUGUUGGCAAUACCACAAAUUGUGCCUCUGGGUGUUUUAUUAAAAACAAUGUCUAAACAGAGUCUUUAAAUAUGACAUUACGCUGCUAUUAUAAAUUAUUUUACUUUGAGGCUUUUUGAACAUCUUUAUUAGGGGUGCCAACCAGAUUGUCUGCAUCUCUAUAAUUUAUUACACCAUGCAUUCUUCUAGUCUCUGGAUAUGAUGAUGUCAGUUGUCCAUAGAAAAACUCAGAUGAUACUUGAAUUGUGUAAAAAAAUAAAAAAUAAAGCUCGCCAUGCGGCUACCUUUAGAAACUUGCUUAAUAUCUGUUUAUCUCAGGUCUGCUUGCCCAUACCAGCUCAGUGCAGAUGAGCUUCCAUCCCCAACUAAAUUCUAACUUUAAUGCAAUGUAGACACAUUCUAUGUCCUGUAUGCACAUGCUAAUCUCCACUAUAUGUAAAAACUUUAAAAUUGUCUUCUUUUUUUUUUUUAAAUCACCACUGUUCAAAAGGCUUAACAAGUUAAUAAAGAUUUAGAUCAGAAUGUAUAUAGCCAGACAUGUCUUUCUUUCAUCAUAACAAAAAACAAGACAGACGGACCACACAAGAGUUUUCUUUAUUGUCAGGUUUGAUAGUUUCUACUGCUGAUCUCAUACUGACUGACAAGAUGAGUCUACUCUGUUACUUCCAGAUGAAUGUGGCAUUAUUGGUCUAUCUUGCAUACAAAUAUAUCAUCUAAGCAAUUUGUACAGGAGGAUGAAAAACACAGUGAUCAAUCCACACACUAUAUGUACAGCUUACACGUUAGGUUUAUCUGCUAUAUAUGUAUCAUAUUCUUUGUUUUGAUGACAGCAGAGGUUCACAACAUCCGAGCAUGAAAAUGGAGGAUCUUCCGUGUUGCGGCGUCUUGUCAAAAAGUACAUUUUUAGGACCGGUGUAAAGGGAGACCAAACAUUUUCCCACACAAUUACUGCUACUCAAUAACAUGGCGCUUUUUUUGUUUUCCUUCUUACAGCAGGUGUGUGACUAAGCGUCCCUCAGUUUGACUGGCAGGUUUCGAAGGCAUUGGCAGUGGUGAAAUGCGGAGCAUUUACAGGAUGUGGAAGGUUUUCCAACACCGCAUUCUUCUUUCAUUUUACCUCAGGUGAUGCUAAAGGAGAUGAAAAAAGGAAACUACUUCAGACUGAUGAAAUUUUCGACAGUCUUCUUUUCGCAUAGUUAGUUCAGAACCAUUGAACUUAUGUUCUGUAAAGAGGUAAAUUUUUAAGUUUAGUAGGACUUUCUCUUGGUGUCUUUUUUGUAUAAAGACAGACUGACUUUGUUCCAGAGGUUGAACCUGAUGGGAGUCCGACAGGCAGCAAUCCCAAAGGGGGUCUCAAAAGAACUUCAAUCUCUAAAAUACAAACGAUGCUUUAUGUGCCUUAAAAGUUUGCGUGUUUGCAUUGGAUGGUGAUUUGCAUAACAGUCCUUUUUUUUUUUAACAAUGGAAAUGGAGGUUGUGCACAACCAAUGAUCUUCCUGUGUGAACGCACUCAAAGAAGGGAACAUGCAAAGCAUUUUUAGAUAUGCAAUGGAAUGUUUAAUAUAUAGAGAUUUCUUUCCGUGGGACUUUUGAGUGUAGUUCGGAAAGCAACCAAACCAGGAGAGGGUUUCCUUGAUUGAUUUUUUACCCCCUGAGAGCAAAAAUAAAAAAGCCCAUGGAUGUUAGAUUCUGCAUAAGUGCCAAGAUUGUUUCCACAGUUCGAAUCUAUCCAUACAAGGAUUUGAUGUCUGAACUAUUAAAGGCAGUUAAAAGCAUUUUCAAAGCUGUUUUAAAAUAUUCAUGAAUUGUAACUAUUUACAGAAACCUGUGGCUCACUGUGUAAGAAAAAGUGGAUGUUUAUAUUGCUGUUAUUUUUAUACUGCUUUACAUUUACAUUAAGCAGAUACUCUGACUGUAAGGGCUUUGUAUGCUCUGCUCGCCCCACAUUUCCCAUAGGAACAGAACUGGUGAUGCACGCCUCCAAUCUAAAUUUCCUGUGAAAAUAUUCAUUUCUGCAUCCAUAAACACCAAAUGGAAACAUUACGGUGGUGUAAAGGUUGAUAAAAUGACACUGAUUUACUUAACAACGAUGUUUUAAGCAACUUAAAUUGUUUUAAGAUGGCAGAUGUAUUCCCAAACUAAUUGUUGGCUUCAGCCUGCAUGACCCAUUGGAUAAUUAUCAGGAUUUAUACUAGAUGCAGACACCAAGAGAGUUACCUACUGCACGAAAGAUAUUAACCGUGUAUAACAGCCCAACAGAACAUCGCUUGGAAAAAAACUGAAUUAUCCGCUCAACACACAAGUUGACUUGGUCAAUGUGGAACUGCAGUCAUUUCUUUUUUCAUGUAGCUCUGAAUGACAUUUGAAGUUACUGCACUAAACCGCUCUAAAGGAUAAAUAUAACAGACUUAAUAAACUGCUAAAAAGCUCCCCAGUGAAAUAAAAUGGGAGAACCUAAUGGAUUUUAUUUAGCGCUCUGAGAUAUUUCACAAUCCAGAGUUUUUUCUUUGAACAUAUUUUCCUCUUACAGCCUCUCCAAAUACUCAUCUUGUGCCGUGUGACCUUUUUUUUUUUCCUUUUUCUUAAAUAACAGCUUUUAUUUUAAAACAA